CCUGUCUUGCAUGAAGUUGAUUUUGCUGUGGAGGUGUUUCUUUGGGAACUAAUGUUAUACGGACCCUACUUUCAUUGAUGAACUAACAACACUGUCAAUAUUAAGCAUUUGAGAAGACAUGAAUGUGUUUUCUGAACGGCGGAUGACCAUAGGUGUUACAACCUGUGUGAAUCGCCUAUACACUUCUUUCAGUGUCAUCCAUACUGAUAGUUACAACAGUCUUUGCAAACUUUGUUCUAAUUUCAGUGCUCCUCGGAGUUGUGUCCUAACUUGAUGGUGCUGAGGUGGUGCGUUGAGACAUGGGAGACCAGCCAAUGAGCACCGGCGCAGACUCAGCCACAAUGAGCACCGGCGCAGACUCAGCCACAAUGAGCACCGGCGCAGACUCAGCCACAAUGAGCACCGGCGCAGACUCAGCCACUGAGAGUCAAGUAAAUGAACGAAGCGAGCAGAAGGCGUCAAGAGGAAGUGGCAGACGAAAGGACGACGACGCCCUCUGGCAGCUGGCUGGAGAGCUUGGAGCGAGCUGGAAGCCGAUUGGCCGGAACCUCGGUUUCAAGGAGCCAAGGCUUGAGAACCUGGAAAUGGAUCAUUCCUUUGAUGCUCACGAGAGGGCGUACCAAAUGCUACUAAAAUGGAAGAAUAAAACUCCCCCGCCUGCCCGAGGCGACAAACUACGCAGUGCCGUCGAGAUGGCAGGACGACUGGAUAUUAUGCCACUCGUGGAGAAAACUCUUAAAUUCCUUAAGAAAGACUGAAAUAUCAGGUCUAUUAGAUAUCAGACUGGCUUCCUGGAUGACUGUGAUUUACUGGUUAAAAGAGCAGGGGGGUAAUAACUAACCGAGAAAAAAAAGAUUGUUUGUUAUCCUAUAUGUAUCACCAAAAUAUCAGGUUUCUAGUGUAUAAGAUGUGUUGGCUUCAAAAGUGGGAAGACCCUUUCUUUAUUCGCCACUAAGUUAGGUAAAUUAAGGCAAGUUUGGAAAGGAGGAGUAACUAGGGCACCUGUUUUUUUUAUGUAAUUAAACACAGUAACUUAUGCAAAUUUUUCAGUAAAGGGGUUAAAAAGAAAAUAAGCACCCCAGCCCGUAUUUUGCACAUGAUGCAUCACACUCUAACAGAUCGGACAUCCUCUCAAAUUUAACUUCCAAUUCCUCGACAUAUACUGUAAACGUCAGCGGAUAGUUUGGAAAGUUCUCAGAUAAAAAUGUUUUUUACAAUGUGGUGUUGAAUAAAUUUUGUAACCAGUAAAGACCAGGAUAUCAUACCCUUUUUAAUAGUGAGUCAAGCUCGAAGCAAGCACAACUCUCGUCUUGCCUUACCACGACAGGUGCCUCAUUAAGUUCAGUCCAACGAACGGUGCGCCCAUCAACUGUCUCUGUUUAUUGCACAUUUGGCGAAGCAGCGUAUCCAGCUUUAAGUGUCCGGGGGUUGCAAAUGCGGCUUAGGGCUCGUUAAACAUGAUGUUGUGGAGGAAAAAUCAAAUGCCUUACGAUCCCGACGCGACAUCCUUGCUUUCAUUUGCUGGUGUUAAUUUAUAGGGUUUUGGUGCUAAUUUUUGAUAAAUUAAUAUACCAAAUGCUUUCUUUCCUACUCGCCUAUAAAAAAUUCUUAAAAAAAUAUUUUAAAACAAAAACAAAAUCCGACCAAUUAAACUCCAUCAGGAGGACAAGUUGCCCCAUUCCCCACCUGGUUUAUUUCGGCGAACCGAUGGGCCUUCGACAGCAGUCAAACAUGAGUUAGAUUUCCCCGCAAUCUUUAUAAAAUUCAUUGCGGCCGAAAGUGUUGAGCAGUUUCUCGCUGGGCGCGUUAAGUCGACACUAUUUGACCAAUGUAGUUGUGUCUGAGACCAACUGUGACGGAAAUUUGUCACUUGGGUCAGGUAAAGUAGUCAGUUUGUGUUGAUAAAAUGUUGUGUGGAAAGUUUCCAAAGUAUUCGUAAUUAUUCCUGUCCUAAAUAUACAACUAAUUGAAAGCGAAAUAAAUAAGAGAACUUGAGAGAACUUCUA